CUUAGAUUUUUGUGACAUUGUAGUACAUAGAUCGAGGGAGUGGAGGCAGAACAAAAAAAUAAUAACAAUAAUAAUGAUAAUCCCACACCAGUUCACCGAACUUCGUGAAAAACCCAAAUCCUCCUUCGACCACUGGUUCCGGCAAUGACCGCCGGAAAGCUGUACCAACAAUUACAGCAACAGCAACAAGUACAGCUAUCCAUGUGUUCUUUGAAAGGAUCCCUCCUCACUCUGGCAAUCCUAACCCUAAUCUCUUUCACAUAUCUCUCUUUCAACUCUCUGCACUCCUCUCCUCCUCCUUCCAUCUCCGCGUCUUCCGUUUCUCUCCUGCCAGCGACGGAGACAACGACGAAGACUGUAGUGGUUGAAGUUGGCGAUGGCGAGAACGAUGAGAUAUCGGAUCUGUAUCAUUCUCCACGUGUAUUCAAAUUAAAUUACGAGGAAAUGGAACAGAAUUUCAAGAUUUAUAUAUAUCCAGAUGGAGAUCCAAACACAUUUUAUCAAACACCUAGGAAAUUGACUGGCAAAUACGCUAGCGAAGGGUAUUUUUUCCAGAAUAUAAGAGCAAGCAGGUUUCGAACUCUUGAUCCUGAUCAAGCCCACCUCUUCUUUAUCCCCAUCUCCUGCCACAAGAUGCGCGGCAAGGGAACUUCUUACGAGAAUAUGACCGUAAUUGUUGAGAAUUAUGUGGAAAGCUUAAUAGUCAAGUAUCCCUACUGGAAUAGAACUUUGGGUGCAGAUCACUUCUUCGUCACCUGUCAUGAUGUUGGUGUAAGAGCCACUGAACGAGUCCCAUUUCUUAUAAAGAAUGCAAUCAGAGUGGUAUGCUCCCCUAGCUAUGAUGUCGGAUUCAUUCCACACAAAGAUGUUGCUCUUCCUCAGGUCCUUCAGCCAUUUGCCCUUCCUGCUGGAGGAAACGAUGUAGAGAACAGGACAACUCUUGGUUUUUGGGCUGGCCAUCGAAACUCUAGAAUUAGAGUUAUACUGGCACGUGUGUGGGAAAAUGAUACGGAACUAGAUAUUUCAAGCAACAGAAUAAAUAGGGCUACUGGACAUCUUGUAUAUCAAAAGAGGUUUUAUGGGACUAAAUUCUGUAUAUGCCCCGGUGGCUCUCAGGUUAACAGUGCACGCAUAGCUGACUCCAUCCAUUAUGGAUGCGUUCCUGUAAUAUUGUCCAACUAUUAUGACCUGCCAUUCAAUGACAUACUUGAUUGGCAUAAAUUUUCCGUCAUACUUAAGGAGCAAGAUGUGUAUCAGCUCAAGCAAAUUCUGAAGGACAUACCUGACAAUCAAUUUGUUUCACUGCAUAAGAAUUUAAUUAAGGUACAGAAGCAUUUCCAGUGGAAUUCACCCCCAAUAAAAAAUGAUGCAUUCCACAUGGUCAUGUAUGAUCUUUGGCUGCGCCGCCAUGUGAUCAAAUACUAGUUGGUUAAGGGGUGUCAUCCCAGUUGUCUUUCGUAUAUGCUCAAAACUUUUCAUGCUAACAACCCAAAGCCUGUACACCAUCACACACAACCAUCCUCCAUGCUCCUUUGAGCUAGGGAACUGGAGGACCAAGUGCUUCUUAGGUCCCAAUUUUUUUUCUUUUUUGUGUCCAGCACUGCAUCUAUUGUAUAUGUUUCUGAUCCAUGAUCCUCGUUCCACUAUGUGGGUCUCGUUUCUUUUUGAAUCAUUUUGAGGCAUAACAGAAUUUAACAUAGAACUUAAAUCAAACCAGUGCAAUUUUUAUA